GGUUCCCGCCAUCCGCCGCCGCCGCCCCCCCCCUUUCCCCUUCCCCCCCCUCCCCCUCAGCGGCACCGGGACGCAGGUUUUAAAGGUGGAGUGCGCUCGCGCUUUCCCGUGAGAAAGCAUGGCUCCGCUCAAGGUGCACGGACCUGUCCGGAUGCGCAGCAUGCAGACUGGGAUUACAAAGUGGAAAGAAGGGAGCUUUGAAAUUGUGGAGAAGGACAACAAAGUGAGUCUAGUGGUUCACUACAAUGUUGGAGGAAUUCCAAAGACAUUUCAGCUAAGCCAUAAUAUUAAAACUGUGACCUUAAGACCAAAUGGUAGAAAACUGUGCUGCCUGAUGCUAACACUAAAGGAUACCAGCUUCCUGACGAUUGAUAAGGUACCAUUUAAAGAUGCAAAUGAAAUGCGGAUGUAUUUGGAUGCGGUCCAUCAAGACAGGGUUCAUACUGCUGGGAAACCCUCUCAGGGAUCUGGCAGCUUUGGAGGUGUUCUGGGCAGCAGGACCACACAGAAGGAAGCUAACAGGCAAUUCUCUUAUAUAGAGAACCAGACUCCUCCCAAAAGAGUGACUGUGGAAAGUAAGGAGGAAAAUACAUUUCGCAAGGUGCUGGGUACCCCAGCCAGAGCAUCUGUUAAGAAUUCUGCUGGAACUGGAACACCUAGCAACAGGGUGAAUGUUUCAGCAUCUCCUGCGUCAUCAGUCCCUCACAGAACAAGCUUGUUGGAGAAUCGUGAAAAGAGGAAAAGAACACAACUUCCUGGUUCAGAAAUGAGUGAAGAUUAUCCCAAAGAGAAUGAUUCUUCAACGAAUAAUAAAGCCUUGAGUGAUCCAGCAUGGAAGUACCUGAACAGCAGCAGAGAAAAACAGUUGAAUCUGAAGCAGGCAGAGGAAAAUAGGACAUCAGGUAUUUUACCACUGCAGUCAUCAUCCUUUUAUGGUAGUCGGUCCUCAUCAAAAGAGUACUCCACUGGCAGUUCCACCGUGGACAGGUCUACUGUAUCCAGCCAGACACCUUCAGCUAAAAGAAGCCUGGGAUUUCUUUCUCAGCCUGCCCCUCUUUCUGUUAAAAAAAUGAGAUCUAAUCAAGAUUACACAGGGUGGAACAAACCCCGAGUGCCCCUUUCCACCCAUCCUCAGCAACAAUUACAAGGAUUUUCAAACUUGGGAAACACCUGCUAUAUGAAUGCCAUUCUACAGUCCUUAUUUUCAAUUCAGUCUUUUGCUAAUGAUUUGCUCAAGCAGGGUAUCCCAUGGAAAAAAAUUCCACUCAAUGCGCUUAUCAGACGUUUUGCCCAUCUGCUUGCUAAAAAGGAUGUCUGCAGCCCUGAGGUUAAGAAAGAGCUGCUCAAGAAGGUGAAAAGUGCCAUUUCAGCUACUGCAGAAAGAUUUUCUGGGUACAUGCAGAAUGAUGCACAUGAGUUCUUGAGCCAGUGUCUGGAUCAGCUGAAGGAAGACAUGGAAAAAUUAAACAAAACUUGGAAGAGUGAGCCAGUCCCUAAUGAGGAUAACUCACCUGGACGGGCUUCUGAUGACCUCUCAGCCACCAAAGUUUACACGUGUCCGGUUAUCAGUAACUUAGAGUUUGAGGUUCAGCAUUCUAUCAUUUGCAAAAUGUGUGGUGAAACAAUCACCAAACGAGAACAGUUUAAUGACCUCUCCAUUGACCUUCCUCGAAGAAAGAAAUUGCUUCCUUCUCGAUCAAUCCAGGAUUCCCUUGACCUCUUCUUUCGGGCAGAGGAGAUCGAGUAUUCUUGUGAGAAGUGCAAUGGGAAGUCUGCUGUUGUCACACACAAGUUCAACAGGCUUCCCAGGGUCCUGAUUCUUCAUCUGAAACGAUACAGCUUCAAUGUAGCAUUGUCUCUCAAUCAUAAAGUCGGGCAGCAGGUGGUUAUUCCAAGAUACUUAACCCUGCUCUCACACUGCACGGAAAGCACUCGGCUGCCGCUGACGCUGGGAUGGAGCGUCCAUUCUGCAAUUUCCCGUCCGUUGAAAGCCUCCCAAAUGGUGAAUUCCUGUACUAUAAGCACUUCCACACCUUGUAGAAAAUACACUUUCAAGUCAAAGAGCUCUGCAGCACUCUAUGUAGAUUCUGACAGUGAUGAUGAGCCGUUGAAGCGCUCUGUUGCUCAUAGCCAAAGGUUGUGUAACAUACAGAGUAGAGAUCAGCAACAACUGCAAGAAGAGCCAGAAAAGGGUUCAAAAAGAAGUAAAAUGGAAGGCGAUAAACCUGAGCUGGGUAAUACUGGUUUUGAUGGGAUGAGCGAAGAUGAGCUACUAGCAGCUGUCUUAGAGAUUAGCAAAAGGGAAGCUUCUCUGUCUUUGAGCCAUGAUGAAGAUAAGCCCACAAGCAGCCCAGACACUGGUUUUGGAGAUGAUGAAAUUCAGGAAUUGCCGGAAAACCUGGAAUGUAUGGAGAUGGAGAAACCCAAAGCAGCAUUAGACUCAGGUCCUGCCAAUUUCACCGAGAUAACUAAAGAUUUUGAUGAGAAUAAGGAAAAUAAAACUCCGGAAGGCUCCCAGGGGGAGGUUGACUGGCUGCAGCAGUACGAUAUGGAGAGAGAGAGGGAAGAACAAGAACUUCAGCAGGCACUGGCUCAAAGCCUUCAAGAGCAAGAGGCACGAGAACAAAAAGAGGAUGAUGACCUUAAACGAGCCACGGAAUUGAGUCUACAAGAGUUCAACAGCUCCCUACUGGACAGCGUUGGCUCUGAUGAAGACUCUGGGAACGAGGAUGUUCUUGACAUGGAGUAUUCAGAAGCUGAAGCAGAAGAGCUAAAAAGAAAUGCGGAGACAGGAGAGCUUCCUCACUCCUAUCGUCUCAUCAGCAUCGUCAGCCAUAUCGGAAGUACAUCAUCUUCAGGUCAUUAUAUCAGUGAUGUCUAUGAUAUCAAGAAGCAGUCCUGGUUCACCUACAAUGACUUGGAAGUGUCUAGAACUCUAGAGGCCACCGUUCAGUGUGACAGAGACCGAAGCGGUUAUAUCUUCUUCUACAUGCACAAGGAUAUCUUCGAUGAGUUACUAGAAACAGAAAAAAAUGCACAGCCACUUAGCACGGAAGUAGGAAGAUCGGUUCGUCAGCCUCUGUGAAGAGUAAAACGCCUUGUUCCUCCUGAGGAACAAGGAAGGUUCUGAACUUGUGCCAGACACGCAGGAGUAACAAACAGCUCAGGGCCAAAACAAGAGACAAAAGGUAGAAAUAUGGGACGCUCGGUUUGUUGAACCAUCUGUGCAAGUCCUGGGCCUGAACCAUGCGUUUAAACUGUGACAUCCCAGAGCGAUCCUCCUGUGGUGAAGUUUUUAUUUGUUCCUCAAAUAAUUCUGUCAGCAUGGAGCCUUAAAGAGUUGCAUCAAGCCACAAGACUACAGCUGCUCAUAAACUGAUUUAAAUAAAAUAAAAAAGUGCAAAAAGAGACUCGACUUUAAAAGCCCAUUCACCUGUGAGACGUGGGUGGCGAAGAUUUACAUAUCACUUGGCUUUUUUUUUUUCUUCUCCUCCAAGAGCAAUUUAAGCAAUAGAUUCUGUAACCUGGCGUGUGUUGUGUUAGUAAUAUUCACUGGAAACCCGGAUCACUGAGUACGCUCUUGCCGGUCAUCUCGCUGACAGGCGUUUUGGAAUCACUCAAGCUGAUGCGUUUUGACAUUCAUGGGUUUGUAAGCGCUCCGCUAUUUACAUACGGUUCCAGGAAACAAACUGUCGGUGCUGUAGAAUGUAUUGCAUACCUGGUGGCAGCUUUGUCGGGUUGUUUUGGUUUUGUUUUUUUUUUUUUUUUUUUUUUUUAACACCAUUCACUGUCAUCCUCCUUUAGAUGUGAGAUUAUAUAUGUGAUUUCUUUUGUUUUACAAGUUCUAUUAUUUGAUUGCAUUUUCUUCAUAAGGUUGUGGCACGAGUACCGUUUGGAGAGGAGAUGUCUCUCUCUGGGUGCGCGCAGUAUUUCGCGCUGAAGUUUGAUCGCUUGGGGCUGCUUCAAUGUAACUCUGGGGGCAGGAGAAUGCCUGGAGCAGGCUGAGAGCAGUAGCCAGAGGUGAAGCAAUGGCCGCUUUGUCAUCUUCCGAGAGGGAAAGAGUGUUCUAGCGUUGCCCUUUCCACGCAGGCCUGGGUCACUGUGAAACGGGAACGGUGGGAAAAGGGCCUGCAGAAUAGCGCUUGGCACUUGAAUCGCCCUUUGAUUGAGCCGUCAUGGUCUUGCCUUGGUCUUCCCGUAUCCCAGGGCAAGAGGGUUUUUACUGCAGCUUUGCCUCUGUUCUCCUUCCUGAGGAGUGCAGAGUGCUCAAACUGUGAAACUAAACCAGGUGGAAGGCUUUCAGAAAGCCCAUAUUCUGCAUUAACAGAACACUGUUAGGAAGAAGUGUUGCAUUUUAUUGGAUUUAGAGGCAUGAUUCUCCUUCUAUAGCUGGUUUCAGCAGGGAGGGUAAAGCCCAGGGAGUUCAUUUUUUCAGCACCUUCGCCCUUACUUAGGAGCAGACGUCUCAUUUCAGAGAAAUUCUUGCUGUUAAGCGGAGUAGUUGCUUUUGUUUUGGCCUCUAGUUCUGAUUUUUGCAGCUUGAGUUUGAGAGGUGAAAUACUUCUUUUAAGAAAAACAAACAAACAAAAAAAAAGCCACCUUUUUUUGCUGUCAAGAUAGCUUCUGGGUUUUUUAAACUAUCGUUAAGAGUUUCUCAGGAAUAAACCAGCUGAAGCAAAGCAGACAAAACCAUGGAUUUAGGAGACAGCAGGCACCUCUUUCUUGGGCACUUCCACACUGGAGUUGAUCCUGGGGGGCUGGCAAGGGAGAUGCUGCCUCAGUGGCCUGUUCUCACCUCUGUGGGCAGCCAUGAAUGACAGCCGCCGGUCGUCCUCCCCACGCCAAGUACUCUGGGGACCCCAGCGUGGUGACAAGACUGACUGACCUUCCAGUCCACGUUGUCGGAUGAGCGGGGUGGGCCUGGUCAGGGUGACAUCUUUCUGGUUUCCGAGCUAGGAGCCAACGCUGGGUUGUAAACAUGGCAGAGCGUUGAUCUUGUAAGAUGCAGCCCGGGUGGGUGUAUAUGUUAAUUUAUUACAAAGCAUUAUACUUUUCUAUUGUCGAUACUAAUUUUGGUAGAAUUCUGGGCAAUGGGAAGAGGCGGUGACGUGGGAGUUGUCCUUUCUGCUGGUUGCCCCUGUGAAGGUGAUGAAGGGACUGCUCCGUCCAGAGGGCAAAUCUGUUUUCCCCAAGUGCAUCCUAUGCUAGUGCUGUAAAUAACCAGUAUUCCUGUAGUAUCAGAAGUCAGCUCUGCUUUUUUGGGUGGCAAGGUUGUUUUUCCAAGAUGCUGCACUCCAGUUAAUUUAUAAUAAAAGCAAACAUUGCCCGA